AUGGGUAAUUCUGGUUUCUUUAGCUGUGACGAAGCCGAAGUUGGUAAUCGAGUUGUGAUGGAUCAGGAAUUUAUUGGGGCAACUAGAGAGCCUAGGAUUACGUUUUUAGUGGCAAAGUUUGAUGGUAUAUUGGGACUUGGAUUUCAAGAGAAUUUUGUUCGAAAUUCUGCUCAUGUGUGGUACAACAUGGUUGAACAAGAUCUUGUUAAAGAACAAGUAUUUUCAUUAUGGCUCAACCGUAAAGCAGAAGAGGAAAAAAGGGGUGUAACUGUCUUUGGUGGUGCAGAUCGUAAUCAUUACAAGCGCAAGCUCACUUCUAUUCCUAUGACAUGCAAAGGUUAUUGCCCGUUUGAGUAUAAUUCUUACUUAUUUGGGAAUCAUUUGCUCGUCUACCUAAGGCUGGCUUUGGGGUUUGCUAGACAAUUUUUGUGCAACUACAACACCUGGUAUGAUCCAUAG